AUGUCUAUCAAGCAAAAAUCACCCUCACUGCAAAUCAAGUACUUGCUGUGUGAUGAUUUAGAGUCCAACGCAAAGAUCCCAUUUAUCCAAUUGCCUCAACCUACCAAACAACACAAGAAAUCAAGCUUUCAUCAGGAACAUCACUACUUUAAUACAUUUAAAAUCAUGAAAGAUGACUUACACAGACUUUGCGCCCUGGAUUUGUAUCAAUACCAGUUCUGUCAACGCAAUACAGAUCUUUUCAAGAUCAAGCGAAGAAGGGCCACUGUCUCACAGACACAGGCAUUACAAAGGGUCUUUGACAAAACUGCUUUUCCCUCUACGGGCCUGAGAGAGCACCUCGCUCGUCAUUUGGGCAUGCCACCAAGAACAGUUCAGAUAUGGUUCCAAAACAAGAGACAGGCAGCAAGAAAAGUGUACAAAUAA